AUGCCGUACUCAACUCACUUCGUAUCACAGGUGGCAGGUGCCUUCAUCAUCUCGCUGGUGCUUGGAUUACCGGCUGCUCCCAACAUCAGCCCACCGCAAGGUGGAUGCAAAGCCAGCGUCUACACUCCGCAGAUCAUCCAGCCUUCCGUGGCCUUCUCGACUUCGCCGUCAACAACGGAAACAAUCCCGCCCUUCGGUUGGCAACACAGUCCACAUCACGUGCAGUUUGGCGCGAAGAGGGGCGUACCUGGAGUACUACAAAAGCACGGCCGCGACCACCGGCACUUUGGGCACGACACCGAGCUGAGAAUGCCGUACUCAACUCACUUCGUAUCACAGGUGGCAGGUGCCUUCAUCAUCUCGCUGGUGCUUGGAUUACCGGCUGCUCCCAACAUCAGCCCACCGCAAGGUGGAUGCAAAGCCAGCGUCUACACUCCGCAGAUCAUCCAGCCUUCCGUGGCCUUCUCGACUUCGCCGUCAACAACGGAAGCAAUCCCGCCCUUCGGUUGGCAACACAGUCCACAUCACGUGCAGUUUGGCGCGAAGAGGGGCGUACCUGGAGUACUACAAAAGCACGGCCGCGACCACCGGCACUUUGGGCACGACACCGAGCUGAGAAUGCCGUACUCAACUCACUUCGUAUCACAGGUGGCAGGUGCCUUCAUCAUCUCGCUGGUGCUUGGAUUACCGGCUGCUCCCAACAUCAGCCCACCGCAAGGUGGAUGCAAAGCCAGCGUCUACACUCCGCAGAUCAUCCAGCCUUCCGUGGCCUUCUCGACUUCGCCGUCAACAACGGAAGCAAUCCCGCCCUUCGGUUGGCAACACAGUCCACAUCACGUGCAGUUUGGCGCGAAGAGGGGCGUACCUGGAGUACUACAAAAGCACGGCCGCGACCACCGGCACUUUGGGCACGACACCGAGCUGAGAAUGCCGUACUCAACUCACUUCGUAUCACAGGUCUGUUACUCAUCUUCUUAUCAUGACAAUAAUGUGUUUGUCAUUGCGGUGUCGUGCCCUCGACAAGUGUAUGAGCGUGUCUGCCUUGUUCGGAAUAGUGUCGUGGGUUAUUUGAAGAAACUUUUAUUGUUGUGCGGUGACGUAGAAACAAAUCCGGGCCCUGUUUCUGAUUCCAGUGCAAAUACGGAUCUAAUCUUGCCUAUGCACACCAAACUGAACGCAGGACAACAAACGAUACUGAAUGAAAUUAAGUCCCUACAGCAAAGGCAGGAUCAGACAGACGAAGCGUUGGGUGCUCUUAAAGCUCAAAUACAAGAAAUUAAGCAGGAGUGUGCUGGCUUAAAAGAGGUCAAAGAAGAGGUUGUGAAGAUUUGUGCCCAGGGUCUGCAUUGCAUCCAGUUCCCAGCAGCCCUGGUUUUCUGCUAA